AUGGCGGGCCCGGCAUUCUCAUCCCCUGAAUGGUACCGCAACCUCAAGGACACGGAUGUCAGCACCGAUAUUGGUCGGCUGACCAUCUACCAUCUGGGAUUCAAGCAAGCCGCGGGUGGCACUCUGAUAUUCCCGCCGUUAGACUUCUCUACCGCUCCACGAGCCGUGCUUGAUGUUGGGACAGCAGACGGACUGUGGAUGCGCGAUGUCCAAUCCUCGCUAGCCACGCCGCCUCACGGCGCACACACCUUUACCGGUACUGACCUGAACUCCUCAUUCUUCCCCAGCACCACCCCCCCGAACACGACCUUUGUCAAGCAAGACAUCAACGCAGCGCCUCCAUCAUCCUGGCAGGCAUCCUUCGACCUCGUGCACCUGCGCAUGAUCCUCAUCGCCGCCGGGUCCGGCGCGAAGCAGCGCGCCGUCGUCGACGAGCACAUGAUCAAGCUCGUCAGGCCCGGCGGCUGGAUCCAGAUCGGGGACUGCGACCGCGUCUGCCCGACGCCUGAGGAGGAAAACCCGCGCUACCACGACAUGUUUGCGUGCAUCCGGGCGGUGUGCGAGGCAUCUGGGGCGGCGCCCCUGGAGGCGCCGAAGAUGAGGACGUGGUUGGAGGAGGCCGGGCUUGAGGACGUGCAGGAGCGGACGGUGAUGCGGGCAGUGGGGAAGAGGAAUGUGGCGGAUGAGGUUUUGGGCAGGAAAGGCAUUGCAGCAGACUUGAUCAUUGCGCGGGCUUUUGCGGGGGCUGCAAAAGUCAGGGCUAUUGGGCAACGCUACCUCUGGGUGGACUCGUUGUGCAUUGUUCAAGACAGCACAAGCUCGUGGGAGCUCAAUGCAAAGGCAAUGCAUCUCAUCUAUGGCAACGCCUAUUUCACCACGUGUGCUGCUGCUGGAGAUGCGACGACGGGACUUCGUGCUGUCAGACCCAUCCUUUCAGUGGUCGGAGAAUAUGUAAUGAGGGCAAAGACGCACCACCAAGGUCUUUCUCGCCCGGCGGCUUAUUUAACCCCUGAACGCCUCCAAAUGAUGGCCAAGGAUCCUAUUCGCGAGGCCAUUCGCAACAAUAUCGCCAUCAAGCCUCAAGGGUUUGACUCGUCAAAUCCUACGUCAUCGUCAAGUGAGGUUCUUGGAGGCCUGGCCGAAGAUGACGAGAGAUACAAGCCCUUGGUCAUUGAUUAUUCACCAGCAAUCAGGUUGCUGGUAUCAAGAUCCCCCGAGAACGUCAUACAGGGCUCCUCCUGGGACGAACGUGGUUGGACAUUCCAGGAACGCCCACUGUCACGAAGGUGCCUCAUCUUUGCCGAGGGCCAAGCAUAUUUCCAGUGUCGCUCGACUGUCAUGUCGCAAGACAAGCAUUCUGACUCUAGUCAACGCGGGUGGUCACUUGAUUGGACCAAUUCGCCGUUGCGGACACUGGGCGAGUUGAAGAAGAGGGCACAUAUUGACGGCAUUCCAGGGAAGCGCAUGGCUGCUGGAACAGUACCUGAGGGCUGGGCUCCACUCCUAUAUGGGAUGCCCAGGUCUCACUUCGACCUGGCUCUCCUGUGGACACCCAUGUCCACUCUGUGUCGGAGGAAGAGAAAGCACCAAAACAGCCACCAUGCAUCAGCGACUUCUUCAAGCUGGGAAAACCACUUCCGUUGCGACGAGUGCUCAUCAGCAGACACCGACUUUGGGCCAAAUGAAUUCCCAAGCUGGUCGUGGAGCGGAUGGAUGCAUGGCAAGUGCGUAGAUGUCUAUGGCCGCCCUCCCAAGCCAGGCGCCAAACCCGGGAACGAAUUCACACGGAUUCUGCCCGACAACCCGUUCGGGGUCAACCGCGGACCAUUCAGCGCACCUGGCCAUGGGAACGCGGGGGCAAUGCCCGUGUUGCAGUUCUGGACAUUCAGGCACUUGCUGUAUGUGAGCAUCCAAGAGCCUCGGGAUCAAAAUAGCAGCAGCAGCAGCAGUAACCGGCCGGGCGCCGGCCUCUGCAACUGUGACAUCCGCGACAGCUCCGGCGGUUGGUGCGGAGUCAUCAGACUCCCUCGGUCGUACGCCGAGUCUCGCCUCAACAAGCAGCUCUUUUUUUGUGGCACUAGCGGAUGCGAAGGGCUUCACCGCGGAAGAAUGCCCUGUAUGGAACUACUACAUCACCAAGGAGAGGGAAGACUCCGAGUGUGGGAUGUGUACUUUGUCUUGUUGCUGGAGAGGAACAAUGAGAAGGCACUAUGGGAGCGUGUCGCUCUUGGAAAGGUGUCCAAGGCUGCUUUCAGUGAUUCAGAGUGGGCUGAGAUCAAGCUUGGCUGA